AUGUACCUGGGACUGCAGCGCAGGCCCCCAAACCUCCCCGAGGUGCCGGUAAUGUACACGGCUUCCGACGUCCUGGCCGCCCUCACCCACCAGUCCUGGUCCGAUAAGCGCUACGAGUUCGCCAUCGUCAACUCGUACGUCGAGCACAAGCAGGUUCGGGGCAGGACAAAAGCCGAGAUCAUUGUGAAGCUAGAAGUCCUUGAACGUCAGGUACCGCCACGUUUUGCCGAGGCCUUCUUUGAUGUGCGUGCUCACCAUGGUCUGCCAGAAUCGCGUGUGAUCCGCCUUGUGCGUGUAAGCAAGACCACGUCCACGGACCGCGCCUCCUCCGUCCGCCACCCCUCAUCAUCCUCAUCCUCGACGCGUCUCAACCGCGCGAGUACCAUGACCGCGGCGUCGAGCCGGCCGCCGAGGCCCGCUGUGGAACUGCCACCCCCUGUGGAACCUCGACAGACAGUGCCCCCCACUGACGGUGAAGGCGACGACCUCCCACCCCCGCCAUACACUGCCGAGGACCCGGACCCUGACUUAACACAAGCCCUUCAGGAACAGAUAAGCGCGGUUGAAGCCGCCGAGGAAGCCAACGCGGCAACUCGAGAGUCGAGCGCCUUGGAACGGGUCGAAUCAAACACAAGUCGCAAUCCGCGUCGCUCAAACGACUUCUCAGCCAUGCCCGCUCCAGCAGAGAACACAGACGAGUUGUCAGCGGACGAGAGACGCGCUCGCGAGGACAGCAUACGCGAGGAGGAGAUGCGCAUCGCGCGCGUUGAAGAGAAGGAGCGCCUCGAGUAUGAGGCGGCAAUCCAGGCAUCUCUCGCAAGUGCAGAGGAGGACUCGGCCCGCCGCGAUCUGUACGAAGAGAUUGACUUACAGGGUGCCGGGCCUGGACCAUCAAGCUCUGGGCAGAGGACUAACGCGCCGAUAUCCUCCUUGAGUCACGCUACUCUCUCCCAUGCACCGUCCGCGGAGAUGUCCGGUUCGAUCAAUCCCGACAUCCACAAGGCCCAGCCUCCGCUGCCGCAGGACAAUGCGCUCGAGGAGAUGUUUGGUGGGUUCGAGCUCAACUCUCCCACACUGCAGCCAAUACCGGCGUCGCCUUCUGAGAAGAACAAGCAGCGCAGGAGCGGGAAUCAGUCGACAAUGUUCCAGAGCAAUAACCCGUUCCUCACGCCUGAGGAACGCGAGCAACAGCAGCAGGAGCAGAUGGACGCGGCGGCCGCGCGCUCUUUGUCACCCCAACGAUUAUCUGUCCCUCAGACCCAGCAUGAUUUCUCCACGCCGCCAGCUGUGCCUCCACGGCCCUCAUCGUGCUCCAGCCCUCGUGUCCCGCCGACUGUCAUUCCAAGACGCACGCCGUCCAUCCAAACGCCGGGUUGCGCGCUACCUCCGCAGUCAGGUGGGAAGGCUUACGGCACUCAGUACAAUACAUAUGGAGUCGGCAGACCGCAGUAUGCGACUCCACCCGGUCCCCCGCCGAAUUGGCAGCACUACCAACCGCCACCAGGGCCACCACCGUGGUUGCAGAGUGAACCCAGUCGAUCCCAUGUCGCCGUCACUGGUCCGUCGCGCAACGGCAUGGCCGACCCCCAAUCCUUUACGACCGUAGUGAAGCGCCCAUCUAGACCGCUGCCUCACCCCGUCGGCCCACCGAGGGUCGUCCCUGGACCGGCCGCGGUCAACCACAUUAGGCAGGUAAGUGGUGCCAGAUGGCGGGAACCGGACAACUCGGACCCUUCAUCCGAAUUGUGCAACACACCCGACCGAUCGCCAGACGUCGGUCCAACCGUUCCACCUGCAGCAAAGCGCUACCCGUCCCCCGCGUUCCUCGAUGCGACAGGAGAGAACGCGCUCGAGAUGCUCGCCGAUUAUGACACUGUUUUCCUCAUCGACGACAGCACAUCUAUGGCUGGGCAGAGGUGGGAGCAAAUGCAGAAGGCGGUAAUGGGCGUGGUUCAACAGGCGGUGCGAUACGACCGCAAUGGCGUGGACUGCUAUUUCCUCAACUCUAAGCGGAUCGGCAAGGGUCUCCGCGUGGCCCAGGACGUCGAGGACCUCUUUGCGGGCCUGCAGCCCCGCGGAGCGACCCCAACUGGUCUUCGGAUGGAGGCCAUUCUCCGCGACUACAUGUCCCGUCUCGAGGGCAGUGUGGCAGCGGGUGACGAGGAUGUGCCCUCGAUGAACCUGAUUGUCGUGACAGACGGAGCGUUUGCACACCCGCUUGCUGCGCGCCUCCGCUUUCUCGCCGCCGAUCCCUCUCUUGAUCGUGCUUCGCUUAUGGAUGCAGCACCAACGGACGACCUGGAGAGUGUGAUCGUCAGCGUCGCAAGGCGUCUCGAUCGCGGCGAUUUCCCGUUGUCCCAAGUCGGCGUGCAGCUGCUCCAGAUUGGCUGCGAUUCCGAGGCACGCGAAGCCCUUCAGGAGCUCGACGAUGGGCUGGCCGCGGCACAUGGUGUGCGCGACAUGGUCGACACUGUGCCGUACAACGGCGAGGAGCUAACAUCGGAUCUGAUUGUCAAGGUACUUCUUGGCGGAAUCAACCGUCGCCUCGACCGGCGGGGAUGA